CAAUCGCUGCGUUGUAUUUACAGUCCAAAAUUGGAAAUAAAAAUCAAAUAUUUCUUUGCUUUAUUAUGUGACUUGGAUUUAUUACUUAAUAAUAGUUCCAGCAAUCUGUCUUGAGUAUUGGGUAAAACUCUAACCUAUAGUAAAGGAACCCCUAUUUGACUACGACGAUGUCUUCAACCGUAACUUCUUCAUCAACAUUUGCAGAUCAAUCAAAGCAGAAAACCUUGUUUUGCGGCGACGUGAAUGGGAACUACCUCAGUUUAUUUUCCCGCGUUGAGACCAUAGUAAAGAAGUCUGGCCCGUUUGAUGUCUUACUAUGCGUUGGAAAUUUCUUUGGCGAAGACAAUUCACAAUUGGAUGCUUAUAAGAUGGGCUAUAGGAAAGUUCCAGUAACUACUUAUGUUUUUGGGCCAAACAACAGUGAUCAUUGUCAAUACUACUGUGAAGAAGGAUCUGAAAUUGUCCCAAAUGUGGUUUAUAUGGGCAUAAGGGGCAUCUUCACAACAAGCCAAGAUAUAAAAAUAGCCUAUUUAAGCGGUUUAUCACGCAGAGAGCUCGGCAAAGACAUGCCCAUGUGUACAUUUGAGCCCAGCGAUUGCAGUGCCGUGAGAGAUGCUUGUUUCCGGGGCCAGAGUGAGUAUAGAGGCGUUGACAUACUGAUUACUACUCUGUGGCCUGUGGGGAUACAGCAAGAUGAAAAUCAAAAGAUAGAAGUAGAGCAAGAAAGAACAUCAGAUUUAAUAGCAUGGCUAACUAUGCAUAUAAAACCAAGGUAUCAUUUGGUGCCUUCAACAAAUAAAUAUUUCGAGAGGCAGCCUUACAGAAACUUAAGUGUCCAUCAAGACUACAGAGAAAGCGCAACUCGGUUCAUAGCGUUAGCGGCCGUGGGCAACAAGGAUAAAGAGAAGUGGAUCUAUGCAUGUUCCCUGCAGUCCAUCAGUAAGAUGCGUAUGACUGAUUUGCUGCAAGCCACUACUGACGAGACGGCGUGUCCUUUCGAUCCGGAGCUCUUGAAACAACAUCAGCCAGGGAAAGUUGUCAAGUUUACUGGCAACGGUCAAUUCUUCUACGACAUGGACGCGAGGGAUGACGACCAUGGCGGCAAAAGAAAAAGGAAGGGUGACCAUCAAGAGAGAAAAAGGAAGGAAUUUGAUCAAGAUCAAUGCUGGUUCUGCCUGGCGUCCCCCACCGUGGAGAAGCACCUCGUGAUAUGUGUGGGCGAGCAUUGCUAUCUCGCUCUACCCAAGGGGCCUCUCACUCCGGACCAUGUCUUGAUAUUACCUAUUACACAUCACCAAUCGGUUCUUAAAGCGCCCGAGGAAGUAGUGUCAGAGAUAAAGAAGUUUAAAGACGCGCUACGUAACAUGUACGCGUCCAGCGGUAAGGCGGUAGUGUUCUUCGAGAGGAACUUCCGAACCUCGCACAUGCAGAUACAGUGCGUGCCGGUGCCGAGGGCCAGCGAGCCGCAGCUGCUUGAGGUGUUCCAGGACGAGGCAGGCAUCAACAGCGUGCAGAUAGAGGUGCUGCCGCCGUACUCAGAGAUGAGCCAGGUGACGAUGCCCGGGAUGCCUUACUUCCACGCCGAGCUGCCCAGCGGCGAGCAGCUCUUCGCCAACACCAAGCCGAAUUUCCCGCUGCAGUUCGGGAGAGACGUUCUCUCAAGCGCCGAAAUCCUCGACUGCGAGGACAAAGCUGACUGGCGCCAGUGCCUCCUCAGCCGCGACCAAGAGGACGCCUUCGUGGCAGACUUCAGGACCAAGUUCCGCCCUUACGACUUUACGGCGGACGACGACAGCGACUGAUUCUGGGCAGGGCUGGAGUACUUGCUCGAAAUGUAUGUUAUAUCAGGUAACUGCGUUUUAGUAAUUUUUCUUGUUUCCGUUUUUCUGAAACUGUUCUUUGUGCUCGACAUUUACGAUUAAAUUGUACUUUACCGUUAUCUGUUUACUCCAUGCAUGGAAUUGAUUUGAUAAUAAGAUUCUGAUCAGUCUUUUAUACCAUACCGGUAUUCUUCAAAUUAUUAUUUAACUAACAUUAACACAGUAUUUACAUACAAGAUAUAUACAGUGGUACUACGUAAACGAAAUUAAUAACUAGCUUAAAUCUAAAAUAGGCCCUUGAGGCAUUGUACCAAGGAUCCUUGAGGCAUUGUACCAAGGAAUUGAAUUAUUUAACUUACAUCGAUUGUGAAUUUUGACGCCAUAUCGAUUGUGAUGUGAAUAAAUUCGCCACAGUAAUGCAAAUAAGAUUUUUUCAAAUGUGACUGUUUGAAUGUUACGUGGCCGGGUUUAGAAAGAAGUUCAUCAAGAUAAUUGCGUUUUGGUAAGUUGACUUCAGUUUUAUUGAAACUGUUCUGUUUUUGACCAAUUAUAAUUUUGAUUAUGAAUAAUUAAUUCCGGUACAAGCCGGAUAUGUAAACUUUGGAUCAAGCAAAAUUGAACUUCUGCUCAAUGACACGAGUAUCUUAACACGUGAAAACUAUUCUCACUUUUUGUAUAAGAGUUGUAUAUAUUCUACCAUAUAUCUUUGUAUAUAAGCACGUCAUAGUAGUUGAAAAAAGAAAUUGUGCAGCCUAAUCUUAGCUGAAUCUACUAUUUCAUUCAUACUGUUGAAAAUAUUGAUUGUCGAUAAGGAUAAAGCUCUUUUUGUUGCUAUUUAAUACAUACUUACAUGAAAUAAUGUAUUCUGUCACUACUUUAUAUUCUCAAAUGUAUAAAAAAAAUAUUCUACAGAUUUAUCAUUUCAUGAUAAAAAUGUUGUAAGAACAUUUUUUUUUGUCGCACUUCCAUAUCAGUUGGAAUGGUUUCAGUCAAAUUGGAAUUGGAUAAUUAAUGAAAGUUUAAAUUAUGUAUUAUAAUUGUUGAAAACACCUACUUAUUCUUAUUACAUGGAAUACGUGAAAUAAUUAAAAAAAGUGUUCACAUCGUUGUAAAACGACCUGAAAGCAAGUGAUUUUAUAUGUAAUUAUUUUUCUUCAAAUGUACGUAAUACGUGUAAAUGAAUUAGGCGUAA